AUGGCGGCGCGAAGCGGCGCCGGCGUCGCCCGAGCCACCUGGCUCGCCGUCGCCCUCUCGGUCGCGGGUGUCGCGUGCCUCGAGCUUCCCUCUGCCCUCAGCGGCGGCGGCGCCGCCUUCUGCGUGGGCGACCUGAUCGCGCUCGGCCAGCCGGUCGGCUUCGGCCUGUCGUACGUCGUCCUCGAAGAGGCGAUGGCCGACCACCCCGACGACGAACUCCCCAUCGCCGCACUCCAGUGCGUCGUGAUCGCCGUCGCCGCCGUCGCCGCCGCGUCCGUCGACUCGGGAGCAGCGCCGUGGUCCUUGCCGUGGGAGCACCUGCUGGCCGCCACCGCGGGAGGGGCUCCCGCGUGGGGCGUCCCCGCCGCGGUCGCGUACACCGGGCUCGUCUCGACGUCGCUCACGAUCUGGCUCACGGCAAAGGUGUUUGCCAAGCUCCCCUCGACGGACGCAUCCGUCAUCCUCGCCUCGGAGCCUCUCUGGGCGACCGGGGUCGCGGUGGCGCUGCUCGGCGCGCCCGUCGGACCGAGCGAUGCGGUGGGCGGAGCCCUCAUUCUGGGCGGGCUCGCCUGCAACCAGGGCCUCCUCGACCGCUUCGUCCCCGGCUUGGCAGAUGAGCUAGCCGAGCACACCGCCAGUCCGGGGGGGAUGUCGAGGAGACGAGACGAGGCGCCGCCGGGGCCGGGCGUGGACGGCGCGAGAGAGCGAGACUGA